GAGAAACCGAAAGUUCAAGAAACAUGCUUUCAUAAAUUUAAAUUUAGAAACCAAAAGUUAAAACAAUUAUGUUUUUCCCAAAUUUAAAUUUAGAAUUUCUAUAGAGACACCCACUACUUGUAAAGUCGUGUAAUUUGUGUUGAUGAUUGAAUCAAGCAGUUGACAAAAGAAAAGAGAAACAGGUAUAAGCAGACACAAUGGGGAAUUCACUCACUAAAUGUACUAGCAAAAAUUCAAAAGAAAAUAAAAGGCAUAUGAAGGAAGAAGUGUACAGACCUUGUCAAUCAGAUACUGGUAAUCAGAAUGAUCCUGAUGGUCAGGGUGGGCAAUCUACGCAAAAUGGCAGUGCUAAAAAUAUACAAAAUUCGGAAAAAAUUGCUAAAGGGAUAAAUGUUAUGAAAAAUUCUGUUGAUAGUAAAUGUCAUGGUAACACAGAGGAAAAGGAACAAGUAAACAUGGAAGUGAAGCAAGAAUCUGUAAAACCUGAAAUCCCAAAAUCUGAGGUUAUACAGUCUGAGUCAAAGAAUACCGAAACUGAAGCAAAGGCAACAGAUACAAAUGGUAAAGAAGACAAAAUAUCUGAAUGUGAAUCAAUGGACCCAAAGGUCAAAGUGUCACAUAAAAAUAACAGUGGUGUAACACCUGUCAAUGGUGAGCAAGAUUAUACAGAAAUCAAAGGCAAACCUUAUAACUUUUCGAAAGGCCAUGAAAACCCAGACUUACAAGAUUCAGGAUUUCUUGACACUAAAUCUGGGAAAACAGAACCUGCACAUCAUAAUGAAGACAUAAAGACAGAUGGAACUGACCAAUCACAUGAUCCAAAGGAUGAAAAAGGUGGUGAUGCUUCAGACAACAGGAAAGACGAAAUUGGACAUUCAAAUUUGUUAGACUGUGAUCAAAAUGGUAAAGUAAAAAGCAAUGGUUCAGAAACAGAGAAAGGCAAUAGUGGUCAGACAAAUGAUGCUGACAGUGUUCCACCAAAGAGUGCACCAAGUGAUGGAGAUAAAAGUAACAAUAGUGGUCAGACAAAUGAUGCUAACAGUAUUCCACCAAAGAGUGCACUAAGUGAUGGAGAUAAAAUUAACCAACAGAAAACUGGAGGGGAAGAGUUUGCAUUCCCCACCAAUAAUGAAUUUAAAAAGGAUGAGAAAGGUAAAACAGACCACAAUGAAGUAGUCAAAUCAAAAACAAAGAAGAAAAAGAAAAAGAAGGAUAGAACAGAUAAAUAUGUUGUACAACCUGGAACUACAGUAUCUCAUCAUGUUUAUAAUGAACCAAUAGAGACUCUUUUCAUUGGUUGUGACAAUGUUGUUGUAAAACAUGAGAAGAUAGAAGAAAAAAGAGAGAUUACAAAGACUGCCAUCCAUCAUGUCCAAAGUGUAGAAGCAAUGAAUAUUUUGUCAGAAGUGGCAAAAUCUGUGGGGCAUAUAAGAGGACCUAAAGAAUCUGGAACUUGCUGGAGGGUUGGUAAUGACAAAAUAAUUACUGCUGCGCAUGUUGUAGUAGGUAAUAUAUGGGAUGACAUGAAUGGAAUUCUAUUUGAACCACUUUUGGGCCAAUUUAGGGUGGACUUUGACUACAUUAGCAAACAAUCAUCCAGUCAGUUUAAAGUCAUACCAAAAGUAUUGUUAAUAGAUAAAAGUUUGGAUGUUGCAGUUCUACAGCUGAAACCUGAUGAGAAGAAACCAUUCCCUCCACCACUUAAGAUGUUUCAUGUACUUAAUUCUGAAAAAGAUGGGGAUAAACAAAUUUAUCUGAUAAGUCAUAAUCAAAGUAAAAAAAAGGAGGUAAACUCUGGUAUUGGUAUUUGGAAACCCACAGAGAAAAGGCUGCUAGAUCUUGAAAAGUUUUGUCAACAGUAUGGAGAGGAGAACGGUUACAUAGGACUGGAAAGAAAAGAUAGAUUGGUUAUUCAGUGUGACUUUGUAGGUGGAGCUUCUGGUAGUCCUGGCAUAGUUAUUCUUAAUAAUGUGGCCUAUGUUGUUCUUGUUUAUAUUAGGGGAUUCCCAUCUUUUUAUCAUAAUAAACUGUUUUCUGAAGAACAAAAAAGAACAUUUCCUAGAGAUAAGCUAUUUCAGCAUGGUGUCAAUAUUGGUAAUCUGUUUGCCAACAUGUCUUCUGGAACGUACAUCGUACUUCGUAAUGAGAUAUUUCCAGAGGAAGCAUUGAAACUUGAGCAGACUAUUAAUCAGCACAAGCUUGCUAUAUCUGGUGACAAAACAUCAAGCAAUACAGAAACAACAGAAACGUCAACUGGUAUUGCGAAAGGCAAGAUGGACAAUAUCAGUGAAAAAUCAGAAACGAAAAUUCCCAUUUCUAAAGCUACUACUUGCACUGAUCAAAGUGAAGACAACAUUCCAGAAUCAGCAAAUUAUAGAAGACUGAUGUCACAUAGUUCUGUUCCUGGCCAAACUUUUAUUACAUCACCACAAGAGGAUACAGACAGAUACAACAUCACUGGUAACCAGUCUGCUCAAAAUAUUAAAACUGAUGGAAGUGACAAUUGUACAGUACAAGAUCAGGGAAGUCACAGCAAUUCAAGCACAGGUAAUGCUGCUGCAGAGAAUCACAAUUUGCAUGCAAAAGAUGGAGAAAUGAUAACACUUCAGAGAAGUCCUGGUAGAACACGACUAUUGUCUGCAGGGCAAAUUUCUAUUGAUGAGUGGAUUGGAAACGAAUGGCAGAACCAUCGAUACAAACAGUUACAAGACAGCGAUCUUUUACUUUUGAGUAAAGCUAUUCAUCCAGAAUGUUUCAACAGUGUAGCAAUCCAUUUCAACUUGAAUCAGAUGGAUUUAGAGGGGAUACAGACAGGACAACAAACUGACUUGUGCUGUCAAAUGCUGUAUAAAUGGAAAAUUAAGAAUGGUGAGGAAGCAACUCUUGGGAAACUAAUUCAAAAUUUGUUUUCAUCCUGGAUUUCUGAAAAUAAAAAUGUUGAAAAGGAAGUAUUGAAAUCUGCCAUUUCACAAGUGACAAUGGUCAGUAAUGAGAAGGCAGCUUCCUAAUAGCACCGAUAAUCACAACAAUUUGACACUCUUAAGGUUACCAUAGUGCUUUCAUUUAUAGACAGUAUAUUUGAUAGUUUUUAAACUUGUGUGUAUAAUUCAAAAUAUGUUUUAUGUUCCAUGAAUAUACAAAUUGAAAACAAUAUGCAUUAGGCUUUGUUGUAGUAUUUUUGUCAUGUAAAUGAAAUAUUUUACACUUCUGUUGAUUUCCACACUCCUAUCAACAAGUUAAUUUUUCUUUUUGUCUUUAUUUACUUUAGGCAUUUUUGAGGGGAAAAAAUUGCAAUAGAAUAUUCAGCUCAAAUUCCUGCAAUACAGGAAAAUCUAGUGGAUUUUAGAGGCCUGAAACAUUAUUGGCAAAUUAAACAUAAAAAUAAAACAGGGCAUGUUAUAUAUUUCUAAAUACUGUGGAUUCAAUAUUACUCAUUGGAUACCAAUUUUCGUUGGUUUCGUGGAUAUAGGUAAACCAAGAAUUCAAAAGUUCAAAGAAUAUCAUAUAUUCAAUAAGAUUUGUAAACAGUGAUUGGCAAAACCACGAAAUCAAAUAUCCACGAAAAUGCAAGUUUUCAGCAAUCCAUUAAAAAUUGAUACCCACGAAAAUAAAUGAGUCCACAGUAGGUGCAAAAACUAGUGCAACUAUGUUUUCUUCUGUAGGAUGCACUAUACAUGCUAUAUAAGAGGGGAAAUCAAAUGCAAAGCCCCUAGUUUUAUUGCCCUUAAUAUAUUGGUAAUUCCGACCCUCUUUUUUCAAAAUCCAUGAUCUGUAUAUAUUUGGUAUAAAAUUUUAACAUUACACUUAUUUACACAAUGUGUUCUCAUCAUAGAAUAAGCAUUAUAGAAUGGUACUUAAAGAGCUGUGUCUUCAUUUUAUUACCAUAUUGCUAUCAAUUUUUUAUUGUAUAUGUAUAUGAAUUUUUGCUGUAAUUUUAUUAAUUUGAUUAUAUAUAUUUUUUAUGCAUCUAUUUUAGAAUUUAUUUUAAAGGUUGUGCUAUUACAAGUUAUUUUAAUUUAUUUCUGUCAGUUUAGUAAUUCACUUUAAUUCCAUGUUAGCAUGUAUUGUUGUAAUUAAUGAGUCAGUGGCAGAUCCAUAUUGGGGGGUUAUAACCCCCCUUUUAUUUUGACAAGCAGUUCAUUGGAAUGGGGACAUAUAGAUGGAAACCCCCCACUCCCCAUUUGUCCUGGGUUGCAAACUCCCCAUUUAAAAUUGCUGGAACUGCCCAUAUUAGUUAUCACCUGUGUUUAUAAAACCAUUGUAUUUUUUUGUAUCAUCCUUAGCAAUAUUUUUGAUGAUUUGAUAAAAUUAUUUUUUUAUUAUGUUUUUGCAUGAGUAAGAUACAAAUCAAUCAUUCUCUUUUAAUUUUAUUUUUUUGGGGGGAGGGGUGUGUUCUUUUCUUUUAAGGUUGGUGAAUCAUUUGAUUUAGAAAGAAAGUGAGACAAUAAAGCUUGUAUAUUCUUUGUGUUGUAUG